AACCAUUCCAUCAAACAAACACUAUGGGACAAAAGAACCCGGCAGCAAACUUUUUCAAGCCCCUUCCCCGCGCACCACCUUCGUUUUACGGAAAAGCGUUUGCCAUUGGUUUUGCAAUUGGAGCAGCUCUAGAGUUUGCAGUGAUUAAAGCGGGAUACUACGAUAUCAUGCGAAACUCAGAGGCACGAAAGGUAGCAAAAGACCGCAUGGAAAUGGAAGAAGCCGAAAGGAAAUUGGACGAAAUGCUCAAAGCGAAACAGCAUUGAUACCAUACUAUUUCCUUUUCUAAUAGUCCAAUCUCCUUAUAUGUAUAUAGAGCAAUACCAUACUGUAAAUAUCAAUAGAGAUUUAUCAACCCUAUGUACAGCAA